AUGGAACUCACAGAUCAGGAUCCUCUGACACUCAAAAAGUUACCAGGUUCGGAGACCAGCCUUGAAGAUUUCACAGAGGACUCGUCAAGAUACGGGUCUUUUUCUUCAUUGCAAAGCACCGAUCUGGUUGAAGACGGGAAUUUGGGCUUCUACCGCAAUGAGGUGCCCCAGGGACGUCAUUUGGGAGUGUUUUCCACCAUUGUGCUCUUCGUGUCGCGAAUCAUAGGUUCCGGCAUAUUUGCAGCUCCAAGCAGUGUCUAUGUGGGUUGUGGUGGCAACACAGCUGUGUUCCUUGCAGUUUAUUGUUCUGCAGCUGUCAUGGCCUUUGCCGGGUUGUAUCUGUUUCUGGAAUUCGGCUCGCUGAUUCCGCGUUCUGGCGGGCGGAAAAACUUUCUUGAAGCGGCCUAUACCAGGCCAAUCAGAAUGAUGAGCGUUUCUUUCACUACUUACACCGUCCUUAUGGGGAUUGCAGUGUCGAACGCCAUCGUUUUCGGCAAAUACGUCUUGUAUGGGUCGGGUUUCGACGAGGAAUUCGUCAACAAUAACUCUAUGGCUUGCAACUACAUCGGUGCUGCCUUGGUUAUUUGCAUAUCGCUGAUUCAUGGAUACUCUGUCAGUACAGGAAUAUGGGUUCAGAAUCUGCUCGGCGGUCUCAAGCUGGUGUUUGCCCUGAUAAUCAGCUUGAGCGGGAUAUACGCCGUCGCAUUUUACAAAAGACAAGAGGGCUUCUCUGAGAUAAAAACUGUGGAAACGCUGUCGUUGUUCCAAAGUCACAGCACUAUUACGAUAUCCUCACUCACAACAGCUUUCAUUCAGGCUUUUUUUUGUUUUGCAGGCUGGGAUAGUGUACAUUCUGUGGCAUCAGAAAUCAAAAAUCCGGUCAGAACUCUUAAAAUUGCAGGUCCUUUGUCGUUAGGGUUCUGUUUACUAUGUUAUCUGUCCCUGAACGUGGCAUAUUUGAAGGUUUUCACUUAUGAAGAGUUCAAAGCGGCUGGUCCGCUGGCAGGUUCCAUCUUGUUCACGCGAUUGUUGGGCGAAAACAUUGGGCGGAAACUAAUCACGUUCGGUAUUGCUUUAUCAGCGGGUUCAAACUUGUUCGUGGUCGUUUAUUCGACUUCAAGAAUGAAUCAAGAAUGCUUCAAGGAAGGUUUUUUGCCUUUCAGCAAAAUUAUGGCGAGCAAUAAACCAUGGGGCGCACCACUUUAUUCCUCGCUCCUAUGUGCUGCACUUACCACAUUUUGGCUGCUACUUCUUCCGUCGACGGGCGGUGCGUAUAGCUAUCUGGUGGCGUUAGAAGGAUAUGCCAAUCAAUUGGUAAUACUUCUAGUUGCAGUGGGUCUUUUCAUCUACCGCAGAAAGAACAGGGACGAAGUGGCGGCCAUCCGCGCAUCUUCUGUAGGCGUUUGUGCGCUUAUCAUUCUUUCUAUCUACCUUUUGAUCGGGCCCUUCAUCGGCGAUCAGCACGAGGCCUCUGUGAAACAUUUGCCGUCAUACCCUAUAGCAGCACUGUUGCUCAUAGCGGUUUGCAUCACUUUCUGGCUUGUGAAGUUUGUGGCACUCCCUAAGCUUCAAGGGUACAAGCUAAAACGGAAACUUCAUAUUAUGGAUGACGGACUAGUCGCAAUACACUGGUGCAAGGAAUAUAAUUUAUAG